GGAAUACAUGGUCCCCAAGACUCACUUCAUCUAUGUCAAAAAGUAAAGGGUUUUUGUGUAACGAAUUAAAACGUUUGGGUCUUUUUUGUAGUUUAUAAUAAGUAUAGGAAUGUAAUUAUAAAUACUAUAUACGGAGUAAAUGAGAUUCUUACAAAAGCAGAAAAAAGCAAUCAUUCAGAUUUUCCAGAUUGCGACAUCUUACCUUUUUACCGCCAUAAAUCACGCGCGAAAUUCCCCACUCCCACGCGCCUAUUCCACUUCUUCAUCGUCACGCGCUUCUUCGUGGGCGUUAGGAGACGGAGGAUGAAGAAUCGUAAUGUGAGAGUCGCUUGGAAUUUCUGUAAUGAAACUCGCUGAUUGCGCCGAUCUCUCUUGCCCGUUCCUCGCAGGUAUUACUCGCAGAUCAUUCGUUGAUUUCAGCAUUUGGUUUUGUAAUUCUCUUCGAAAUGAGAUCAUGAAUGAUGAGUAUCAAUGUAGAAGAAGUUGUUCAUACGGAUUCGAGUUGCGUGUAGAAGAAAAUGGUCGAUCGGUCCACGGAUAUCCCGAGAAGAAAGGGGAUGGUUGGACUGGAGAUUCAAGAACUUGGGUGCUCGAUGUUGGAGUUCUCUUAAGUCGUCUCUACUUCUACUAGGACCCGGGAACCAAACCAGCAAAGCGAGUGUGGAUAUCGAUCAACGUUGCAGAAAUACAUGUUAGCAAUAGACAAGAAACUGUAGAGUGGACAGUGAGUGAUUUUGAUGUGUUGGUUCCACAAAAACAAACAAGAUCCUUGUGAACAUGAAGGUUGUAACAAUUCAGUAGUAGCUUUUGCCUUUUUUUUUCUUAUUAAGUAUUUUAUUUUUUUUUGUAAAUUAAAUUCACAAACAGAAACUCACUAGCCUCGAUUACAUGAUCUUUUUUAUUUUUUUUGUGCCAAAAGAUUUAAUUUUAUGAACAUGUUACACAAACAUAAAUGAAAAGGAAUAAGUUUCUUUUUAGUUUUUUUGUUUAGAAAGAAAAAGUAUUUGUUCUAUGUAUUAUUGGGUUGCUAUGUUUAGGCCAGACCGGUGGUGUUAACUUUAUGAAAACGUGUUUCCAAAAUAAGUUCGAGCACAACUUCUACAUCUUUUCUAACUCGUCAUCAAUACAGCCAAGUUGUCUGAGCAUAUUACAAGAAGAGCAAUCUUUUUUUAAUGAUCGUGAACAAAGAUGUAAUUAAAUUCAACCGAACUAAAAAUCACAUUUAUU